CCAUGUUUGGUUGCUUUGUUGUAGGCUUCUUCUAGGUUUCCUACAGAAUUUUAUAAGUGUGGAAAUGGAGCCGAGCUGGAGUACGUUUCUCUUUCAACAGGCCAAUGAAGCCCUCCACCACCAGCACCAGGUGGCUCAGAACAGUCUGCUGCCACUCCUUAACGCAGGAACUGAGCAAGUUGAUCAGAAGCCAGUCCUGCCCAUUCCCGUGGACCAGAAGCCCCCUGUAAGUGCUGCCGAUCUCCUUAAAGACAAUGUGGCGAGCGGAGGGGGUGUGCGGCCACCAGUGCCUGUGAUAAAGAAGGAACACAAGAGCAAAACUCCCUUCAUCUGCGGCUACUGCAACAAGGCCUUCCGUGAUAGCUACCACUUGCGACGCCAUGAGUCCUGCCACACGGGCAUCAAGAUGGUGUCACGGCCCAAGAAGACUGCUCAGACAGCCCCCACCAUGGUGCCCAUGAUCUCCACCAUGCCGCGAGAAAACAGCGCCAACCCCUCCUACGUCUCCACGGUCACAGGUAUUCUCACCACAGCAACCACUUCCAUCUCCUCAGGCACAAGUAUCAUGACCCCGUCCGCGAUGGGCAAUGUGCCGCAGCCAAACGCUGCCAAGAAGCCAGCCAAACCCGUCAAGAAAAACCACGGCUGUGAGAUGUGCGGCAAGGCCUUUCGUGAUGUCUACCACCUGAACAGACAUAAGCUGUCCCAUUCAGAUGAGAAGCCCUUCGAGUGCCCCAUCUGCCAGCAGCGUUUUAAAAGGAAGGACCGUAUGACCUACCAUGUUCGCUCUCAUGAUGGGGGAGUCCACAAGCCCUACGUGUGCUCUGUGUGUGGGAAAGGCUUUUCCAGGCCUGACCACCUGAGUUGCCACGUGAAGCAUGUGCAUUCCUCAGAAAGACCGUUCAAAUGUCAAGUAACGGCCUGUACCUCUGCUUUUGCCACCAAAGACAGACUUCGUUCCCACAUGAUCAGACAUGAAGGGAAGGUCACCUGUAGCAUCUGCGGGAAGAUGCUCAGUGCAGCCUACAUCACCAGCCAUUUAAAGACUCAUGGACAGAACAACUUCAGCUCCUGUAACAAAGAUGGUAACGAGGUCUGCAACUCUGCCUCAGCCACACCUGUGACCGUUUCUGCCCCCGUCACCACGGCGAUGAACCGGGGCAAUUCCAGCAACAACCCUGUCACCAUAGCAGCGCAAAUGAACAUUACCACCAACACGGUCAACAUCACGUCUCCGGUCAGCCUCCAGCAUCCGGUCACCAUCACCGGGCCCGUCAACAUCGCCUCAGUCAACAUCCCCGCCACGGCGCCCAUGAACAUCGCCCACCCCGUCGCAAUAACCACUCCCAUGCCUAUGAAUAUAGCCGGGCCCCUCAACAUCGCCAUGAGGCCGAUGGAAAGUAUGCCUUUUCUGUCCCAGGUCUUACCUUCUUCCCCACCCUGGUAAAGAGGAAGACUGCUACGAACUGGUCAGAAAGAAAGGGAAAAUGAAGUAAAAGACUUGUGUCCUCAUCAUUUGCACCUCGAGCCCAGCCCUUUCUCCCCCCUAAAGCCCCGUUUGCUUCACGAAACACUGAAGUGAACAUUUUACGUGAGCUGUGUGAACGGGGUCGGAGCUCCCCAAGUCCCAGCUCAGCUGCAUCCCAGCUAAUGUUACAUCACUGACAUGAGAGGCAGAGCAGUUGUGUAGAAAUCAGGUAGGAUUUAUCUUCUAAUCAGGAGAACUGUAAAACAUAGAUGUAGUGAAUUAAUGGGUGACGAGACUGUGAUUUUUUUUUUUGUUUGUUUCUUUCUUGUAUCAUGACAGUUGGGGUUUGAUGAAUGAAAGGAAAGGAGAUCCUCCUCAAGUCCCUCGAGGGACUUCUUAGGAAAACACACCUUUAUCUUUGUAAGCUGAGAAAGAAAACUUAAGCAAUAAGUAUGAAUUGCUGGUUUUAAUGUUUCACAAGUUCUCUUGCAAAGCUUUGGGUGUUACUUGUAUGUUGUUCUUUUUUUCUUUUCUUUUCUUUUUUAAACUAUAGCCUGCUAAUCACUAUUUAAUGUCAUAGGAGAUGAGUCUAGUAAAAGGGACAGCAGCUUCCACUUGCAUGGAAGGAUAUUUUUUCAAAGUGCUAUAGUUUUUCUCUUUUUUUACAGAUAGAAAAUUAUGCUCUUGAGGUACAGUGACUAACUUGUACAGUUGUCAUAUUAAUAUUUUUUCACAUCCGCAUUUUAAUUUGUGCUUUUUUCAUUUAAGUGGAUAUUUUGCCACUGUCCCGUUGACUAUUAAAUAUUUGUACCUUUCUUUUUUCUUUUUGUAUGGGAUGGCAAAGGUCUGUUUUGUUGUUUGUUUUGGUUUUUUAAUAUGCCUAUUUGUAGUGUUCAUUUCUCCAUGAUGUGAAAAUGGAAUGAGUCUUGCACUGAAAGCAUAUCCUGCUUAUAGGUGAACAGCAGUAUUAUCAAAAAUCAAAUUGGAGUCUACUGAAGUGUGUAGGAUAACCAGCCCACACACUUGAGGGCCAUCUAGCGGCGCAAAGACAGAAUAGCUUGGCCUUGUUUUUGGGUUACUAUUGUCAUCAUGAUGGUGACUGAUUAUAGAUCUGUUUGAAUCUUCAAUACACAGUUUUGUUUUAUCAUCAUUUAUCUGUGAUAACCCCAACAUGAUCCUAUGGACCCUCCACUCAGGAAACUCUCAGAAAAGUCCAUUACAAACAGUUUAAUUUCCUUUUCAAUUGACUCUAUUUCCCAUGUACCUUGAUCCUGGAGUUUUCCAUGUUAUUUUGUAAAUACGUCAUAAAUCAUUUGGCAUUUUUGUUAAAACAAUUGGCUAGAAGGCCAUUAGAGACUAGGGGUCCAUGAAUUAUCGAUUUUUAAAAGUAGCCGUCCAUUUAAAUUAUGUUUUCGGUAAUGAUAUACAUUACUGUACCUUUUUACAUUUCAUUACAAGUCCAGUUGAGUCUAAGGCUGGAUAGUUAUGCAGCUGAGAUCUCAAUGAGUUUGUGGAUGUAUUGAGAAAACACUAAUGAAUAUUUAGUAAGUAAUGCAACUGAUGAAUGCGAUGAUACCACAGUAAAUAGAUAUUCCGGCCUGCCUGAAUCAGUCAGUGACAUUGCGGCAUCAAAAGUUAUUGAUGACAUGCAAGUUUUUGCCCAUUACAGUAAUGGGAUGAGACAAAAGUUGCAUGCCCCAAAACACUGAAGCUGUCGAAUCAUAACUAUUUUUUUAGUGAAUGCCAUGUUAUCUUGACAGUGUUGCAGCUCUUUGAGUUGAAUCAUUGUGUACUGAAAAAUGCAAUAUGCAUGUUUGUCGUUUUCCCAAGUUUUGUUUCAAACAAAAUACUAGUGUAGCUUUUUUUUGUCCUUAUGCAUUUACAUAAGAAUACACUAUGAUAGCCUGUUUGCCAAAUUUGAUACAUUAAUAAUGUGAUAAACUGAACAUUUCUUGUGGAAUUGAACAUCUCUUUAUUUUUAAGGAAAAAAUAAUUUGGAUUGGAAAUUCCAGGACCCUUGUGAAGGCAGUUGAAUGUAUAUCUUUGUAUAAAACUAUUUUAGUUCCAAGGAUAUGGUAGUUACAAUAGAUGUGAAAGAUAAAAUAACCUUUUUAUAAAUCUUUUGUAUUAGAACAUUAACAAUGGUAAUUUUGUAUAUAUUGAGAGGCUAGGCUUUCUGAUUAGCAGAAAGGUCAAACAUUCCUACAUUUUUUAAAUGUAUGUUUGUCAAAUUAUUACAUAAACAUGCGCAAUGUUUUAUGUGCCUUUUAUUUGGGUUGUCUAAAUAAAAGAAAACUAUCAAAUGUGUUUAUAUGUAUUUAGUCAUAGUGCAUUUUAGAAUUAAGAUGCCACCCAACUUAUAAAAACUGAAGUAAAAUCUGUGUGCCUGAACAGUCAUUCUCCAAUAUCAGAUACCUCAGUCAGCCUUAGUCACCACUGGUAUUCAGGCACACACAC